AUGCCUGGUUUUCCUGCUGCAGAUACCAUACGCAUACUCGUAGCCACAGACAAUCAUGUUGGCUACGCCGAGCGAGACGCCAUGCGAGGGGACGAUAGCUGGAAGAGUUUCCACGAGGUCAUGUGCUUAGCGAAAGAGAAAGAUGUCGACAUGGUGCUUUUGGCCGGGGACCUCUUCCACGACAACAAGCCCUCAAGAAAGGCCAUGUUCAACGUCAUGCGAUCUCUCAGAAUGAAUUGCUAUGGAGAGAAGCCCUGCGAGCUGGAAAUGCUCAGCGACAGCAGCGAGGUGUUCGAAGGGGCAUUCAACCAUGUCAAUUACGAAGACCCAGACAUAAAUGUUGCCAUCCCAGUCUUUUCCAUACAUGGCAAUCAUGAUGACCCAUCAGGCGAUGGCCGUUUUGCAGCCCUCGAUUUGCUCCAAGCAGCCGGUUUACUCAAUUACUACGGACGGACUCCCGAAGCAGACAACCUUCAAAUCAAGCCUGUACUUCUACAAAAGGGAAACACAAAGCUCGCUUUGUACGGCUUGAGCAAUGUGAGGGAUGAGCGGCUUCAUCGGACUUUCGAAGAUGGAAAGGUCACGUUCUUCCAGCCAGGUACACAGAAACAGGACUGGUUCAAUCUCAUGAGUGUUCAUCAAAACCACCAUCAGCACACUCCGAAGGGGUUUCUUCCAGAGCAUUUCCUCCCUGAAUUUUUGGACAUGGUCAUAUGGGGUCACGAACACGAGUGUCUCAUCGAUCCCAGGUACGUCCCCGAGAUGAACUUCCAUGUCAUGCAGCCGGGAUCCUCAAUCGCCACAUCACUCAUGCCAGGUGAAGCGGUACCAAAACACGUUGCUGUACUAAGCGUCACGGGUCGAGAUUUUACGGUGGAAACUAUCCGACUGAAGACGGUCAGACCUUUCGUGAUGAAAGAGAUCGUUUUAUCUGAAGAGAAGGAAGCAAUGAGACUUGUGAAAAAGGCCAACAAUCGGACUGAGCUGACUGGUUUCCUCACGCGCAUUAUUGAUGACAUGAUCAAGCAAGCCUACGAAGAAUGGAAGGCCGCUCAGGGAAACGAGGGAGAAGAAGAUGACGAGGAUCCGCCGUUGCCGCUAAUCAGACUGCGGGUGGAGUAUACUGCACCCGAAGGGGGUAAUUUCGAUUGCGAGAACCCACAGCGCUUUUCGAACCGCUUUACUGACAAGGUUGCCAACAUCAAGGACGUGGUCCAGUUCUAUCGAAAGAAGACAGGUGGCACUAAGAGGGCACAGAACGGCGCAGAGAUGCCCGAAGAGUCUAUGCUUGCAUCACUCGCUAUCGACUCGGUGAAGGUGGAAAGGCUGGUGCGGGAGUUCCUCGCCGCGCAGUCCCUCACAAUACUGCCCCAAAAUUCCUUCGGUGACGCGGUCAGCCAAUUCAUCGACAAGGAUGACAAGCACGCGAUGGAGCUGUUUGUCACGGAGAACUUAUCGAAGCAAGUUGAACAGUUGAUGCAGAUGGACAAGUUGGACGAAGACAACAUUCGCGACGCAAUGGAGGAGGGCAAAUCUCAUCUUGAGGAGCUCUUUGCCUCUGGCCAUCGAUCCAUCCGAAAGAAGACAAAGCGGAAGCCUCGUCCAGAUGGAUGGGACUCGGACCUCAAUGGUGCCUGGGAUGAUCAACCAGCUGCGGUUGCCCGGUCAGAUCUUGAGGAUGAGGAUGAAGACGAAUCAGAUGAACCAGCGGCCAAAUCAACCGCGAAAGGUCGAGGGAAAGCAGCGCCGAAAAAGGCUGCUGCCCCCGCUAAGAAAACUGCUCCGGCGAAGAAUUCAAGGAGCAAGAAGAAAGUCGUCGAGUCAGAAGAGGAGGAAGAGGAAGACGUGGUCAUGAUUGAUUCCGAUGAAGACGAGAGCCAAAUCUUUGUGAAGCCGGAGCCACCUACGCGAGGGACAAAGAAAGCAGCACCAACGAAAACAGCCGCAUCUAAGCGUGCACCUGCUCGGGCGGCUGCACCCACGGCGGGCAAGCAAUCGCAGCUGAACUUUUCCCAGCCUACGACUCAGCCUAGGGGCGCGACGAAGAAGGUACAGGAGGUCAGCGAUGAUGAUAUCUCUGACGACGACGAUGCCUUUGAGCCCGCACCUUCGGCACGAUCUUCGAGAAAUCGACGUUGA